AAGAGGCGGAAGAAGAAGGUGGAGGAGGAAACAUAUAGUCUUCAUAAUAAGGCAUUAGUCGUUAGCGGUUUGAUAACAAAUACCUGAUUAGUUUUCCGGUUAGACGGAGCUGACUACGUAUUAACAUUAUUGAAAAGGUUAUCGAUUUGUUUACAGUCGCAUCCGGUCUGAUCCCUCGACAGCUCGGAGGACGAUAAACAUGUGUGAGGAGCACACAGUGUCUCUGGUUGAUGUUCUGGAGGAAGAUGAAGAGUUGGAGGAAGAGGCUUCAGCUGUGUUGGCAGGGAGUGACUCAGAUCAUUGCUCAUAUCCUCAGGGCUAUGUGAAGCGCCAGGCUCUGUAUGCCUGUAGCACCUGCACACCGAAAGGAGCAGAGGCAGCAGGAGUGUGUUUGGCCUGUUCAUACAAAUGUCAUGAAGGUCAUGAUUUAUUUGAACUCUACACCAAAAGGAACUUCCGCUGUGACUGUGGAAACAGGAAGUUCACAGAGCUGCAGUGUAAACUUCACCCUGAUAAGGACGAGGUCAACAGUCUGAAUAAAUACAGUCAUAACUUCUUUGGAGUUUACUGCACCUGCAGCCGGCCUUAUCCAGACCCAGAUGACCAGGUAGAGGAUGAGAUGAUUCAGUGUGUGGUGUGUGAGGACUGGCUGCAUGGCAGGCACCUGGGCUGUGUGGUUCCAGACUGUGUGGAGUUGCAGGAGAUGAUCUGUGAGUCCUGUAUGAACAAAAACCCAUUUCUCUGGACCUAUGCCACACACCUUGCAGUGCAACAUGCAGCAGUACAAGUUAAGGUCGAAAAUGGGCUGGAAGACUCAAAAGGAAACAUUCCUAACAAUGAAAAGGAGGAUGAUGAUGUGGAAGAGCCCAGCUGUAAGCGUAGCCGUGUGGAGGAGGUGCCAAACUGUAAACUGAGGCAACUACAGGCGCUUGGUCAGAAAACAGUCCAGUCAGGAGCUGUGUUCUGGCCACCAGCAUGGCGCUCCAAACUUUGCUCCUGCAACACCUGUCAGGAACGUCUGUCUGAGGCCAAUCUGUCCUUCCUGUUGGACGAGUCAGACACUGUCCUCACCUACGAAAACCAAGGAAAGAACAAUGAACAGAGACAGCAAGGACAUGACGUUCUGAUGUCAGCAUUGGACAACCUGAACCGAGUACAGCAGCUUGAGAUCAUCCAUGGAUACAACGACAUGAAAGCAGAACUGAAGGACUUCCUGCAGAGAUUUGCGGCAGAUGGAAAGGUUGUGACUCCUGAUGAUAUCCGUCAGUUCUUCGAGCAACAAAGUCGCAAAAGACGCAGAGAGGACUCCAGACAUUUUUACUCCACCUGAUCACUCUGACAUUUGAGCUCUAGAAACCUAACACUUAUGUCGGACUGUUUUGUUUUCUUUACUUGAUAGACCUUUGACCUCCAACUAAACAUUAGAUUACAUUUAACCUUUGCUUGGCCUGUCCAAUAUAUUUUUUAUUCCUGUGAUGUUUUUCUUGUUUCCUGUUGUAAAUCCUGAUAUGUAUUGAUAUUCUGGCUAGCAUUUUAAAGUUUGGAGCUUUGACACAUCGAA